GCUGAGCAUUGGAGUCCGGUCAUGAAGGAGAGAAUUUUGUCCCAAAUAGGAGGUGAAGGGUCCCGGAAGACGUGUGAACGAAAAAUCACUAAAGGCUGUGAUAGGUCUUACGGUGAGCCAAUUCCACGGAUUACAUACACCAAAGAGGAAAUCGAUACAUGGGGUCACGUGUUUGAUCAGCUCGUCGCACUAUACCCGACGCACGCGUGUCGUGAAUUCAAUCACGUCUUCCCGUUGUUACAGGCAAAUUGUGGAUUUCAAUGCACCGGAUUUACCCUUCGUCCAGUUGCGGGUAUGCUCUCGUCUCGAGACUUUUUGGCCGGUUUGGCAUUUCGUGUGUUCCAUUGCACCCAGUACAUUCGACAUUCGUCUUGUCCAACGUACACGCCAGAGCCGGAUGUUUGUCACGAACUACUCGGUCACGUUCCACUACUAGCGGAUGCCGAGUUCGCACAGUUCUCACAGGAACUCGGUUUGGCUUCACUGGGUGCUAGUGAUGAGGAUAUCACGAAAUUGGCAACCUGUUACUGGUUCACUGUUGAGUUUGGCUUGUGCAAGCAACAAGAUGGUAUUCGAGCUUACGGGGCCGGACUUUUGAGUUCAUAUGGCGAACUUCAGUACGCUUUAUCAGACAAACCGGAACGAUUGGAAUUUGAUCCGGUUCGCACUUCCGCUCAAUCUUACCCGAUCACACAAUAUCAACCAAUCUAUUUUGUGGCGGAUAGUUUCAGUGAUGCGAAGAAGAAGCUGAAGCAAUUCACCGAUCGAAUGACACGUCCAUUCACCGUCCGAUAUGAUCCGUACACCGAAUCGAUUGAGGCAUUCGAUUCACUCAGCGGGGUGAAGAAAUUAGUCAGCAAUAUGACAUAUGACCUGUCAUUGGUGCAAGAAGCAUUAGACAAACUCGUGAUGGAUCCCAAAAUAGAGCCAAUAUGA